AUGUUGGACGUGAACUCGAGGAAGGCGGAUAUACCCUAUGGAAUUAACAAAAUUAAUAACAACAAUGAAAGGAAGGGUUCACCGAUUGAUUCGCUCGCCAAGAGCUUUGUGGAAAUGCUGAUGCCGACCACAACGGUCAAACCGAGUUUGGACUUGUUUGGAAUGUUGAAUGUGAGGUUGUUUUGCGUUUUUUCGUUUUUGCUUUUAGAUAGACGGUUUUAAACUGAUUGGUUUAGCCUGAAUCCCGGGGAAUGGACUCGUUGCUUCCACAAGCACCCGUGAUCCCACUGAAUCCGAAUGCGCGUCAAUUUGACUUUGGGACUGAUCGACUGGUCCUUCGUGAGGGUGCUGGCGCCGAGCCCGAGCAAGAUCUCCUCACCAAGACGUUGGGUGGGCCGUGGCAGGAAAGAGGCGUCAAGUGGGCCGAGAAUGGGAACAUCUUGCUUGUGAAUCGGAGUGGAAACCGGUUUUUGGGAUCAGAAUUGGCGGUCAGAGACCGGACAGUGGAGAUCCCCUUCAAUCAGUGGUUGAAUUUGGCUUCCAAUUUGAUGGACAUGGCCGAAGACCGAAGGAUCUGA